CACAUGGCCUUCCAAUAUGGCCGCGCCCUGUAUCGACGGAGAGAGGAGGAGAACAAGUUGUGCAAGCAGGUUUAAAUGACAGUUGAGGAGCUGCAGGUCGCAACUGAGAUCUCAAGAGAGAGACAGAGCAGCGUCUAAGAAAGCCUGUCAUCUUUUCUGCCCUGCCGACAUGAGUAAGGACGGUUUAAUCCUCCCCAAAGACUUCCCCCAACUCCAGAACGAUACGUUCCUGCGAGCAGCACGAGGAGAAGAAACUGAACAUGUCCCCGUGUGGUGUAUGAGACAGGCUGGAAGAUACCUACCAGAGUUUCGUGAGUUCAGAGCAGGGAAAGACUUCUUUGAGACAUGUCGGUCGCCAGAGGCCUGCUGUGAGCUCACUCUGCAGCCUCUGAGACGUUUUCCCUUCGAUGCUGCCAUCAUCUUCUCUGACAUCCUGGUUAUCCCACAGGCCCUGGGUAUGGACGUCCAGAUGGUGGCAGGUAAAGGUCCUACAUUCCCGGAGCCCCUGAAGGAACCAGAAGACCUGCAGCGUCUGCAGGCCAAAGUGGACGUGGGCAAAGAGCUUGGCUACGUCUUCAAAGCCAUCACACUGACCAGACACAAGAUAGAAGGCAAAGUGCCGCUCAUAGGAUUCACUGGAGCUCCGUGGACGCUGAUGUCCUACAUGAUAGAAGGCGGAGGCUCCAGCACCCACUCCAAGGCGAAGCGUUGGCUGUACCGACACCCUGAGGCCAGCCACAUGCUGUUGAGGAUGCUGACAGAUGUGAUAGUGCAGUACCUGCUGGGCCAGGUGGCAGCUGGAGCUCAGGCUCUGCAGGUGUUCGAGUCCCAUGCUGGCAUUCUGGGGCCAGUCGAGUUUAAAGAGUUCUCUCUGCCUUACCUACGAGACAUCGCUCGCCGCGUCAAAGACAAACUCAAAGAGGCAGGACAGGAUGUUCCCAUGAUCGCCUUUGCAAAGGACGCUCACUACGCUCUAGAGGAGCUUUCUCAGUCUCAUUAUGAGGUGGUUGGACUGGACUGGACCAUUGACCCACGAUCAGCACGGGAGCGCACAGGAGGGAAGGUCAGCCUGCAGGGAAACAUGGACCCUUGUGCUCUCUAUGCUCCAAAGGAACGCAUUUCAGACAUUGUGAAGAAGAUGUUGGAGGGUUUCGGCACAAAGGGCUACAUCGCCAACCUGGGCCACGGCCUGUACCCCGACAUGGACCCCGAGAACGUGGGCGCCUUCGUCGAGGCUGUGCACCAACACUCGAAACAGAUGAUCAAACAAAUGUAAAGAUGGAUGUGCAAGCCAAAAGUGCUGUCAGUGGUGAUUGACAAAAUGUACAAUAAUGCAAUAUUUUAUUAAAAACUGUGAUGAGCAGUAAAUAGAGCUUCACAUCUGUUUUCAGCGGUUUAAGAGUACAUUCCCACAGAUUUCCAAGGAGGAAAAAUAGAUAACACUGAUAUUAAUGUGUGACACAAAAAAAAACAAAAAAACAAACAUGAAUUCUCAUUCAGCAUAGAUUUUCAUCAUAUUAUGUUGGGUUUUCUAAGAUGAGGUUUUCUGUUCAUCUGUAAUGCGUUGAUCUGACCAGGAGUGGAUUAUGUGUUUCCACUGGAAACAUUUUAGCAAGUGCAUGUACAUUAUGAAUGCAUUUUCAGUUGUACAGGAUUUAAAUUAAUAUUGGAUCAAAAUCCAAUCAAAAUGCUCUCAACGGCUUUAAGAUGAAAUUCUUAUUUUUUCCCAUUGUCAUUCAAACUCACCAUAAACAGUUGCAAGUACAAAUACAAAAUCUAAUUUCUUAAUAGCUGUAAACAUCAGCAUGUGAAAUCAAACGUUGGUGAUUUAGGAAAAGAGUUUUGAGCACACACUACUGCAGUUGUAAAACCAGUUUUGAGGGAAGCAGCAGUUGAUCAUUUCGCCACCUAAUGACUUCACAGCGAGCAUGAACAGCUUUUAUUUUUAUUCUUGCUGUUAGAAAAUCUUCCAACAAAUGCACAUUAAAGAAGAUGCCUUAUGCUGUUUUUGUAUUUGUCUUUCAUCCUAAAUUUUUUAAAAUCUUUUUCUUUUUUUUUAAUUUCUCAGAAAAACUCAGAAAAGGUGUCUUAUGAAGGGAAUCGCAUUGUGAGCGUCAUGUAAGGUUGCAUGUGACUGCAGUUUUUUAGAACAUGAAAAUCUUUUUUUUCCCUAUAAAUAAUAAUAAUAAAUAAAGAUUGAUUUAAUUUUCA